CGGGCGGUGGCCGGCGCCCCGGCUCUCACUCUGGUUUAUUCGGAGGCUCGAGGCAGCUGCACUCCCGCCCUCCUGCCUCGCCAGCGUCGGUGACCGCCUCGGGGGCACUUUGAUUCGAGCUGGGCAGCGCCUCCUGGAUCAAGUAAGCUUCGCAGGACAGCAUAGAAGAACAAAAUGGAAACGACGCUAUUUCGGUUGAUAUUUUUCACCCUUGUGUGGACCGUCAUCGAUGGAUCUGAAACGGAACAGGAUUUUAUGUGGCACUUGAGAAAAAUACCCCGAGUUGUCAGUGAAAGGACCUUCCAUCUCACCAGCCCCACCUUUGAGGCAGAUGCUCAGAUGGUAAUAAAUCAGGUGUGUGGCAUCGAAUGCCAGAGAGAACUCCCGGCUCCCAGCCUUUCUGAACUGGAAGACUCUCUCUCGUACGAGACUGUCUUUGAGAACGGCACCCGAACCUUGACCCGAGUGAAAGUUCAAGGUUGGGCCCCUGAGCCAAGUCAGAAUCUCACCGCACAAGGAGCACCUGUGAGGAGAAAGAGACAGGUGUAUGGCACUGACAGCAGGUUCAGCAUCUUGGACAAGAGAUUCUUGACCAAUUUCCCUUUCAACACGGCCGUGAAGCUCUCCACAGGCUGCAGUGGCAUUCUCAUCUCCCCCAAUCACGUCCUAACAGCUGCCCACUGUGUCCAUGACGGAAAGGACUACAUCAAAGGCAGCAAGAAGCUCAGGGUAGGGUUGCUGAAGAUGAGAAAUAAAGGUGGUGGCAAGAAACGUCGGGGUUCUAGGAGGAGCAGGAGGGAAGCAGGUGGUGGUGAUGGAAGAGAGGGUAGCAAGGAGCCUCUGCAGGAGAGAGCCAAGGCUGGAAGGAGGAGGAGGAAGGAAUCUGCUCGGGGUCAGAGAGCUGCUGGCGGGAUGCCCACCUUCCAGUGGACCCGGGUCAAGAACACCCACAUCCCCAAAGGCUGGGCUAGAGGAGGGAGGGGAGACGCCGCCUUGGACUAUGACUACGCCCUCCUGGAGCUGAAGCGCGCUCACAAAAAGAAAUACAUGGAACUGGGAAUCAGCCCCACCAUCAAGAAGCUGCCCGGCGGGAUGAUCCACUUCUCAGGAUUCGAUCACGACAGGGCGGAUCAGUUAGUCUACCGAUUUUGCAGCGUGUCCGAUGAAUCCAGUGAUCUCCUCUACCAAUACUGCGAUGCCGAGUCGGGCUCCACUGGCUCCGGGGUCUAUCUGCGUCUGAAAGAGCCAGACAAAAAGAGGUGGAAACGCAAAAUCGUGGCGGUCUAUUCCGGCCACCAGUGGGUGGACGUGCACGGGGUGCAGAAGGACUACAACGUGGCCGUGCGCAUCACCCCCCUCAAGUACGCCCAGAUCUGCCUGUGGAUGCACGGGGACGAUGCCAGCUGUACCUACGGCUAACGGGUACCUGACACCAGAUGGCGGAUGAUCUACAUCGCAGAGAAAACCAGUUCUGAUUGUUGUAGCAAAGAUCACUUUGUAGGUUUUGCCUGGACGUAAACCCUAUCGGUAGCAUUUCAACAUGUUUAUGUUUACUUUUUCAAAAUUAGGAGCUUCUCAUACAUUUUAAAAAGGUAUAGGUACCCAUCUUGAAACUAGAUGGACACUUCAAUGCCACGUAUAUAUUCUUCCUUACGCGGUGUUAAGUUUCAUCGGUGGGAAGAUUUUUGUUUCUUUCUGCCUUGUUAAAGAUUAGAUACUCUUUAAAAUUUCAAGCUGGUAUCAUAAAUAACAUGUGACUUCUCAAUGGACUAACUCUCAGGGUCCUACUCUAAGAAGAGGCUAAUAGGGUGCUGGUUGCAUAUUAAAUGUGAAACUGCAUAUAGAGAGGUGGACAAUAACACCAUGAGAAUCAAGUUUGAGACAGUAAUUUACAACAGCCUGUGCUACUCUGAGGUAGACCCAUGCAGCUCAUGCUCUCUAUGUUUAUAUUGUAUUUUCUAUUGCAUCUGAGAAACUUUAGGGUUUUUUUUCUUUUUUCUUUUCUUUUUUUUUUUUGUUUUUUUAAGAAUUACACAGAACAGCAAGCUUUACAGACAAAACUAUUAACUAUUUUACUGCUUUAAAAAAUACCAACUGAGUGUUAUUAUUUAUGGGAGAACUACUUUGUCCUAUGAAAUAAAUCUAGUUUAAAAAUAGGGAAGCUGAGACAUUUUAAGAUCUCACAUUUUUAUUUAAGUAGUAUUCAAAACAAGGAUUUUUCAAGUAUGCAUAGAAAAACAGUUCAGAAGUUCAUAAAUGAUCAGGUAUUGAAAGCCACAUCAUUUUACACAGCUACAAAGUCUCCUAUGAAUGAGGUGUUAUGGUUUUAGACAAGCAAUUAGAGAGAGACUGUCUUCCCCUUGACAAAGUUCGGUUUUCUUCAUAGGACCAUAAACAUAUUAUUUUGGUGAAUUCUCCGAUUAGCGAUUUUGGAUAUGUCCUUUUAACAAAAUAAAUAUAAAUUUAUGAAUAUAAUUUUUAAAAGAAAGCUCUGAUUGUUUUCACUAGGGACGAGGGCUGUGCACUCACUUGGGCCAUCAUGGUAGCCUCAGCAGACAGAGGCCAGUAGCUGCCCUGGGGCAAAAUACAGAGUAGGCACUCAAUACAUAUUUCUUGAAUGAAUAGAUAUUUGCUGAAUAUCUGGAUACAAUGGAUUUAGUUCAGGCCAUUAUGUUGAAAGGGUUUUAGUGAUUUGUAAUCAAGUGCACUAUAAAAUUCAGGAGUUGCAGGCCUGAUUUGUGGGCUGCUCUUCCUGGCGUUUCUAGGGUAAACACUCUUCUCUUGGGAUACCCCCAAGUCAUUGAUUCUGCCUGAGUUCCAAUUUAUUUUACUUAUUAUUUUCUGUAAUAAGGGGGAAGUUACACCCUUGACUAGUAUCCAAAGGAAUAUGUGAUUAGAUUAUUAUAAAAAGUGAUUUUGUAAAUGGUGUUGAAAAUAGCUGAAAUUUAACACAACUUAUAUUCUUUUAUAAUGUGAAUCUGUUAAAAAACAUUCAAUAAAAA